AUGUCUCUGCCUUUCCGGAUCAAGGGCGGCGACAUUGGAGGAGCGAAAACGAUGGCUCCGAUAGUGCAUCACCAUCGGAGCACAACCAAAGCGGACCACAAGCCAUUCAAGACCAGAUUCGCCUCUAAGGGUGCGCUCAAGGACGCCGCUAAGGGCAAAAUUGCGUCCGGUAGUGAAGAGAGAGGGAAGAGACGCACGCCAUAUCAACAGACAAUGUCGAAGUUGGCCAGGAAGAACCAAGCGAAGCAAUUACGCAACAAUCACAAGGAGAGACAAGAGGAUGAAUCGCGCAUAUUUCAUGGCAUUGGUGGUGCGCCCAAGCAUGUUGCUGUCGUGCCGUUGGCACCAGAUGUUGACAUCGAAGCGACGAUCAAGGCUCUGACGCACGGUUGCGGGUCUGUUGAAUCGCAGUCUAACGGCACUACACAUCUCACAGUCGAGAGAUUUCGACGCAAUCUGCUGUUCCUACCCGCCAAAUUCGAUGUUGUCAAUGCUAUGGACGUAUGCAAAUUGGCGGACUGGGUAUUGUUCGUUGUAAGACCGGAUCAACUGUAUGAUGAGGGCGUCGACAUGCUGCUCAAGUCCAUAGAAGGGCAAGGUAUCACGAAUUUUGCGGCAGUCGUGCAAAACCUGAACGGCAGUGUACCCGCACAGAAACGAUCACGGCAUUUGAUGGAAUUGAAAAUGGAUCUAGGACAUUAUCUGCCGUCAAUAGACAAGCUAUCUAGUCUGGAUAGCGAGUCCGACUGCUCGAACUUGAUCAGAACCCUGUGUACCGCCUCCACGAAGGGUAUCAAAUGGCGAGAUGAACGAAGUUGGAUGCUUGUGGACGGCUACGACUGGAGACCAUCAGCAGAUGGGAAGAAUAUGGAUGCAGUCAUCAGGGGAAUCGUCAGAGGAAAGCCGUUGAACCCAGACAGACUCGUCCACUUAUCGGGAUAUGGCGAUCUAAGGAUCGGCUCAGUUCAGCAGCUUCCAUCCAAACAGCUGAAGCGCAAAGCCGAUGAGAUGAAUGUUGAGGAGUCUCUCGCAGAGUGGGGACCAUCUGAACAACAAGACAGCCUCGAGGCGUAUGCUCCAGAAGAAGCUGAGAUGACGGAUGCUGCGGACAUGGAGAAUGGCAGUGAAGAAAAGAAGGGUGUCCUACUAGACGAUCAUCACUACUUCUCAGACGACAACUCACACAUGCCGGCUCGGCCAAAGAAGCUGCCCACAGGCACGUCAGACUAUCAAUCAGCGUGGUAUCUGGAGGAUGUCAGUGAUUCUGAUGACGAUUACGACAUGGACGAACAGGGCGAUGUCGACAUGGACUCCGGAGCCCCUUUGAGACCAGAAGACGGAUUCGUAGCCGAUGCCGCCACCGAGGCUGCGCCCACAGAAUAUCCAGAAUCGGAGAUGCACGUCGACGCAGACGACGAGGAAGAGGCCCGACAGCUGUCCGAGUACCGUUCUCGAAAGAAGGAAGUCGAAGAAGAUCUGGAGUUCCCCGAUGAGAUCGAGCUACAUCCCAACGUGUCUGCACGAGAACGUCUCGCAAAGUAUCGAGGUCUCAAGUCGCUGCGUGACAGUGAGUGGAAUACCGCGGAAGACAAGGCACAUGAGCCCGACACGUUUUCACGGCUACUGCAUAUCGCCGACCACAAGAAGUCAACCAAUACUGCAAAGAAGGAAGCACUCACUGGUCCAAUCCCAGCUGGAAGCCGUGUCGAGAUCACCCUUCUCAAUGUGUCACAGUUCGACUCUCCGCCAACGUCUCUCUUCUCUCUCCUCCGCCACGAGCACAAGCAUUCCGCCAUCAACCUGUCCAUGACACUUGCCAGCAGCGCUACGGCGCCUGUACGCAGCAAGGACCCGCUCUUGGUCCAGAUCGGCCAUCGGCGACUCAUCAUCAACCCAGUCUUCUCUGCGAGCGGUAACACGCCUAAUGACGUCCACAAAUUCAUGCGAUUCCUUCAUCCAGGUACGACUGCAACGGCGACCUUUGUCGGACCGGUCACAUGGGGAGCCGUGCCUGGCCUCGUGUUUCGUCACCGCGACGGCAGCACUCCUAUCUCAAGCAGCACACCUCCCGAGGAACUGGAAUUGAUCGGCAGCGCAACCACUCUCCCACCCUCGACAAGUCGUGUAAUUGCGAAGCGCGUCAUCCUGACCGGCCACCCUUUCAAGAUCCACAAGAAGCUGGUCACAAUAAGAUACAUGUUCUUCAACCGAGAAGACGUAGAGUGGUUCAAGCGCUGCCAUUAUGGACAAAGAGGGGACGACAGGGGUUCAUCAAGGAGGCGUUAG